GAAGAGGAGGUCUAUGACGCUAUGACGUCGGGGGACUUCCUGUUCACGCAGGGUCCGUUACGCAAAUCGUCCGCUGUUCUGGUUUAGAAGGCCAAAUAGCGACUUUUCGCUUCAAAGACGUGAUGGCUGCAACGUUGCGUUUGCUUUACUCCGUGCCAAGGCCAGGCACUUUUGUGGCCAGCCAGAAUCUAGUGAGGUCCUUCAGUGUGUCCACACAAAGAGAAGGAUUCAAGUAUGUGAAUGCCCAAGACAUCCCCACAGACAUGAAGUCCAUCACAGACCGUGCUGCUCAGACACUGCUGUGGACAGAGCUCUUCAGAGGUCUGGGCAUGACAAUGAGCUACCUGUUAAGAGAGCCCGCCACCAUAAACUACCCGUUUGAGAAGGGGCCACUGUCACCUCGCUUCAGAGGAGAACACGCACUGCGCAGGUAUCCUUCAGGAGAGGAGCGCUGCAUCGCCUGCAAGCUGUGUGAAGCUAUCUGCCCUGCACAGGCCAUAACCAUCGAAGCAGAGACUCGUGCUGAUGGCAGCAGGAGGACAACUCGCUACGACAUCGACAUGACCAAAUGCAUCUACUGCGGCUUCUGUCAGGAGGCUUGUCCUGUGGACGCCAUCGUAGAGGGUCCUAACUUUGAGUUUUCCACUGAAACACACGAAGAACUGCUCUACAACAAGGAGAAGCUUCUCAACAACGGAGACAAGUGGGAGGCCGAGAUAGCUGCCAACAUACAAGCUGAUUACCUGUACCGAUAGACACUCACUCACACACACACACACACACACACACACACACACACACACACACACACACACACACACACGCACACACACGCACACAGAGUGUACAGCUAGCACAUACAAGAAUAACCUCUCUGACCCACACAUACGUCCAUACUGUACAUACUGUAAGAAGACAGACUCAGCUGUGGAUGUGCUUCAGGGUGGGAGAUUUGGGUUUGCCGAAGCAUCUUUUAUUUCAAACCAAACAUCACCAACACAUUUCCUCUGGCGUCAGUGUCAUCCCCUUCCGAUAUGAUGAAUAUACUUUCAUAUGUUUCAGAUUUUACCAUGUCACUGUUUGGAUUACAUAUUUAUUGUUGAAUGAUUUGCUGUCUAUUGGAUGAGUGUACAGCGGUCCAGCUGCCUCAGCAUGGUCAAGUCAGUGAUCAUCCAGUCAUCCAUGGGUAUGUCUGCACUGUCCCAAGAGACCAAAAAUCAGACUGAAUCAUGCUGGGGCAGUAUCGGUGCUGCUCACUGUUCACUGAUUGCAGAUAGCAGAAUUCUGAUGUUCCACACCAGUAUACAUGGAUUAUUGUUAAUAUCUUGGAUGUCAGUGCAGAGUUUUCUGUUCUUUGUACUGUUUCCAUCCUGACUAAAGAAAUAAAAUUCUGGGAGAAACA